UUGCCUCCUCUCCUGUGCGCAGUGCUCCGGCCCGACCGCUCCUACCUUCCCUCCUCAUUUCCUCUCCACAGCUGUCUCUCUCUUUCUUUCUUUCUCUCUCUCUCUCUCGUGCGCGCUCUUUCUCCCCCUUUCUGAUGCUGGCUGUCCUUCUCUCACGCCACCGAACCGGAGGAAACCCUUGGCAGGGUUGGAAUAACUGACUACCUGUUUUGCAUGGUCUGAAUUUUCGGGAGGGGGUGAUUCUGCGCGUCGGAAGGAGGAGAGUCGAGAAGGAAGAAGGGAGGCUCUCCAUCCCCGGGGGAGAUUUGAUUUUACAGAGGAAUGCCAGUGCCUGAGGUGGCGUCUGACAGUGCCAGCGCCGCCGCCAUGUUGAGCCCCGUCCUCAAUGCCUCCAACGGAGACGGCUCCGAGUCUGAAACCACCUCCGCCAUCCUCGCCUCCGUCAAGGAACAGGAGCUGCAGUUCGAACGUCUGACCAGGGAGCUGGAAGCCGAACGACAGAUUGUUGCCAGUCAGCUGGAGAGAUGCAAGCUCGGCUCUGAGACGGGAAGCAUGACUAGCAUCAGCUCCGCAGAUGAGAAGUUUCGCUGGAACAACCAAGAUGGACAGAAGGACAUAGAGGAGGAACUGACGACUGGCCUGGAGCUCGUAGACUCGUGCAUCAGGUCGCUGCAAGAGUCCGGCAUCUUGGACUCGCAGGACGCUUCUACAGGAGACAGACAAGGACUGCUCUCUCAGAGCGCUUUGCAGCUCAACAGCCAGGAUGCCUAUGCGGCUGCCGGUUACCAUAGCAACCAAGGGCUGACGCUCGGGGAAACGGUGGCGGCGCGCGGCGGGCAGGUCGGAGGCGCGGUUCACAGCUACAACCAGGUGACUUCCAACCGUGCAGCCGCCCAGUUGGUGGCCACAGACUCGCCCUCUCAGUCCCAGAGAGACCCGUUUGCCCAGCAGGUCCUCGGCAGCGCCUUACACAUGUCCACCGAGGGCGGACCCCCACCUGCCGGACCGUCCAUGUAUUACUCCUGUGCCACUUUGCCUGCUCAGCGUGUCAGCUCCCCUCUGCAGGCGGUGGGAUCCCCCACCAAGCUGCAGCGCCUGGGCUCAGCCUCCGCCGACAUGCCGAGCUACGCCACGCUGCAGAGAGUGUCUUCACCCAAACAGUCGCCGAGCCGACUCGCAAAAUCCUACAGCACUUCAUCGCCCAUCAAUAUGGCGGCCGGUUCCUCCUCCCCGCUCCCCAUGGCCACCUCCCCCGGUGGGAACCACACCUCAUUGCCCAUCCACCAGCUCAGCUCGGCCGUGGGAAGCUACGCCACCCUGUCGCCCACCAAGCGCAUGCUGCAUCACAUCGGAGCGGACAGCUACAAGAUCUCCCACGAGCUUUACGCCAACGCAACCCUGCAAAGGCCUGGGAGCCUGGCAGGUAGAGGCUCCAGGGGUUCGUACAGCAGCCAGCACAGUCACCUGGGCUCCGAACUGCGGCCCCUGCAGUCCCCCGAGCACCACAUUGAUCCCAUCUACGAGGACAGAGUCUACACCAAGCCCAACCUUAGAGGACAAGCCCCGUCCUCCCCCGGUGUUGACCCAAUCCCCUUGCAGCGAACGGGAAGCCAGAGCGCCGCCGGCACCUUCCAGAGAGGCAGCUUCGCCACGGGAGGCGGGGCGGCCGACUACGCCAAUCCGUACCGCACUCUGCAGUUCUGUCCCUCCACCGAGUCCCCUUACAGCAAGUCGGGCCCGGCCCUUCCCCCUGAGCCUGCUCUGGGCAGGUCUCCAUCGGUGGACAGCAUCCAAAAGGACCCAAGGUACGACCCCGAAUUCCUUGUGUGGAAUCAAAAUCAAGCCGAGCAAAGAAUGACAAAGGAGUUUGGCUGGAGGGAUCCAGAGCUGCCAGAGGUGAUCCAGAUGUUGCAGCAUCAGUUCCCGUCGGUCCAGUCCAACGCUGCAGCCUACCUCCAGCACCUCUGCUUUGGCGACAACAAGAUCAAAUCUGAGAUUCGCCGACAGGGCGGCAUCCAGCUGCUGGUGGACCUGUUGGAUCACCGGUUGACAGAUGUUCACCGCAGCGCCUGCGGAGCCCUGAGGAACCUGGUGUACGGCAAAGCCAACGACGACAACAAGAUCGCCUUGAAGAACUGCGGAGGGAUACCCGCUCUGGUCCGAUUACUGAGGAAGACCACCGACCUGGAGAUCAGGGAGCUGCUCACAGGCGUGCUGUGGAACCUGUCGUCAUGCGACGCCCUGAAGAUGCCCAUCAUCCAGGACGCCCUGGCCGUGCUGACCAACGCCGUGAUCAUCCCGCACUCGGGCUGGGACACGUCCCCCCACACCCAGGAGGACCGCAAGCUUCACCUGCACUCCUCCCAGGUCCUCCGCAACGCCACAGGCUGCCUCCGGAACGUGAGCUCUGCCGGGGAGGAAGCGCGGAGGAGGAUGAGGGAGUGCGAAGGCCUCACUGAUGCCCUGCUUUACGUCAUCCAGAUCGCUCUGGGGAGCAGCGAGAUAGACAGCAAGACUGUGGAGAACUGCGUGUGCAUCCUGAGGAACCUGUCCUACCGUCUGGCUGCGGAGACGUCGCACAGCCAGCAGGGCGGCUCCGAGGAGCUGGACGGCCUGUUGUGCGACACCGGUGGCAAGGACGCGGAGAGUUCUGGGUGCUGGGGGAAGAAGAAGAAGAAAAAGAAGGGCCACGACCAGUGGGACGGCGUCGGGCCCUUCCCGGACUUGGCUGAGCCUCCGAAGGGCAUCCAGAUGUUGUGGCACCCCACCAUCGUCAAGCCCUACCUCACGCUGCUGUCUGAGUGCUCCAACCCGGACACCCUGGAGGGAGCAGCUGGGGCUCUGCAGAACCUGGCCGCCGGCAGCUGGAAGUGGUCCGUCUACAUCCGAGCCGCAGUGCGCAAAGAGAAGGGCCUGCCCAUCCUGGUGGAGCUACUGAGGAUAGACAACGACCGGGUGGUCUGCGCCGUGGCUACGGCCUUGAGGAACAUGGCUCUGGACAUUCGGAACAAGGAGCUUAUCGGCAAAUACGCCAUGAGGGAUUUGGUGCAUCGCUUACCCGGAGGCAGCAACAACAACAACACCAGCGGCGGAGGAGGAGGAGGAGGAGGAGGAGGAGGAGGCGGCAGCAUCAACAGCAGCAUCCUGGGGGGGAAGACCAUGUCGGACGACACCAUCACUGCGAUCUGCUGCGCGCUGCACGAGGUCAUCACCAAGAACAUGGAGAACACCAAAGCCCUGAGGGACGCCGGCGGCAUCGAGAAGCUCAUCGGCAUCGCGCGCAGCAAGGGAGACAAAAUUCCCAGACAUAGUCCCAAAGUGGUGAAAGCGGCAUCGCAAGUCCUCAACAGCAUGUGGCAGUACAGAGACCUCCGGAGUCUUUACAAGAAGGACGGCUAUUCGCAGUACCAUUUCGUGGGCUCCUCCUCCACGAUAGAGCGGGACAGACAGCGGCCGUAUUCCUCCUCUCGCACGCCGUCCAUCUCUCCGGUGCGGACUUCCCCGAACAACCGGUCAGCGAGUGCUCCUGCGUCCCCCAGAGAGAUGAUGGCAUUGAAGGAGAGGAAGGCAGAUUACGAGUCUACCGGCAAUGCCAGUUUCCAUGGCAACAAGGGCGAGCACACGUCCCGGAAGGACGCCAUGACGGGUCAGAUCACAGGUGGAUCUUCAACCCUGCACAGAGGAGCCUAUGUGUCCCCUACUGAUGAUCUGAAGUACAACCAGGUCUCUUCCCAAGGCUUACCAUCAGAACCCUAUCCUCCUUUCCAGAACCCCCCACCACCGGACAGCAGUAACUAUGAGGACCAGGCCUUCUACGACAGCCAGGUCCACCCAGGAGGCCGUCCCCCGCAGGGCGACCUUAACAUGCACCUACAGGGACUAAAGUCCACUGGCAACUAUGUAGACUUCUACUCGGCCUCCAGACCCUACAGCGAGCUCAACUAUGAGACCAGCCACUACCCAGCCUCACCGGACUCUUGGGUCUGAAUGGACACGAGGAACGGAGGAGGACAAGACGAAUGACAGGGAGAAGGGGGGACGGUUGAAGUUUGGAGUUCGAGCUGAGAGGACAUUUUGCCUCCCUCCUCUCCCUCUCCCCUGUAGUUUCUGAGUAGCCUUAUAGAUAGCAGGACAAAGGAGGAGGAAGAGGAGGAUGGAGUAGUAGAACGGAGACAAUGGGACAAGACACUCCUUUCAGAGACAUCUGAGGACGGCACGAGAGGGGGCCGAUGGAAAAAGAGCUGCCACGCAUGUGCAUGCACACCACCAAUUGGACACAUUUUGUUCAUGUGUUGCAUUUCUGAUCAACAAGUGUUUUCAAAGAGUGCUCAGCUCGGCAGGAAGACCUCAGACCCCUGAGGGGACAGAUGUGGGGAGAGAGUCUGAAUGUACAGGGUACAGGGAGGGAGAAGGGAAAGGGAGGAAGGUUUGGGUUGGCGAUUGCUUUGGGGAUCGGAAGGACGACGGCGAGAGGGGGACACGGUGAAAGAGAGGGGGACACAGUGAAAGUGGUCGUCUGUAAAUAUGUGCUAUAGCAACACGGCUAGUAGUAUCGUGAAGCACAAGAGGCAGAGCUGUCAGACGUUUAGUACGUCACUUGUACUUUUAGUUUGGGUUUCAGCGAGGUGUCUCCUUCUCUGGGCUGAAGAACGGGAAAAGUUUUGAUGGUUUUUGUUGUUUUGUCCAUUUUUUUCUACUUUUUUAAAUUCCCGUGUAUAGUAUUUGAUGCCCCACUGUACGUUGACGCAGAUGCAUUGUGUACUGUACAUUGCACUAUUGCUCAUGUUCUUUUCUGGCCUUUUUAGUUUGUUGUUGUUUUGUUUUACUUUUUUGCCACUGGGUCAGCCUCACCUGAUAACCUGGCAUCACACGGAAUAGCCGCACUUCAAAUCUCACACCACAGUCGUCUGUUUGUCGCUAAUGUGAAACACUGGAGAUGAACAGCUGGGUCACGGUGCUCCUUUCACUGCCCUGCUGUUAGCAGACGAUACCGCUGCCAGGAAUAGCCGGAGAGAGAGAGAGAGAGAGACUGACACGCCAUUCCUUCUCUGCUCGCUUUCGCUUUUCUAGGCUAGCUUUUGCGCUUCGACGUCGCAAAUCUGCUGUUUGUCGUUUAGGGGAAGAGCCUUCCUCAAAAUGACUCGUUACCUGUUGUAUAUAACCGUGCCAAACAAGCGUGAUAACGUCCCCUCGGCUUAACGGAGUGCGUCAAAGGGUCCAAGUUCAGCUGAACAGCCUCUCUGCUCAGACGAUGCUAGUUUGUACAUGCUUUGUUUUGUUUUUGUUUUUAAAAAAAACCUGUGUUAUACUGAAAUGAAAAUUGUCUAACUUGCACCAACAAGAAGAAAAACCCACCCACACACACAUUAAAAAAAAGUUAAAAAAAAAAAAAAAAAAAAAGUAAAUUCCCACUGAGGGACAGUGGGGCCCCGGCAGAGCUUCACUCGCUCCGAUGUACAAAAUUAAGUUGGUUUCCGUGUUGUAAAAUAGUCAAUGUUUGAAGUACAAAACGAAGAAGAAAAAAAAAAAACUUUUCUGAGAGACGGGUGGCAGUUCUAAUUUCAUGGUAGACAAAUCUGUUAAUAGAGUACGGAUAUAUAUUAUAUAAAUGCAAAUAUAUACUUUUUAUGUGCAGAUGUGGAUGUCACUUAUAGCAGCAACAGUAACGGGAAAAGACUUGUUAAAACAAACAAACAAAACAAAAAAAAAACAGCUACAUGUAGGCAUUUUGUUCACGUCUUCUUUUCUUGUCAACACACUAAAUUGUCAGCUUUGUGUAGUAACGUUGUUGCUAUGUGGAGUAGCGUAGCCCAGGCGCCAGGGAUCUACGUUGUCGCUGAUUCAAGCCAACAAGGUGCUACAUUUGUUGAGUAUUACCAGCGUGUCGGUGUUUUAACAGUGCACACACCAUCUCCGGAUCACUCUGGGUAUCUACACGGCCUUGCUAGAGUAUUCACACUGCUUGGACUUUUCUUUAAUACUUGUUGUGCUGCGCAACACAAACUCCAAAGGACUUGAAUUGGAUUCCACUGGAUAGAUGGGUUGUGAGUGAGAAGGAAAGAAAUCCAUCUUGGUUUUUUUUGUUUGUAUUAUUAUUAUUAUUUUUUUUUACUUAAAUGAAUUCUGGAAAGUGUGGCAGACAUUUGCAUUUAGCCCCCCAACAGUCGACACACUGCAAAAUAAAAACGACAACAUUUUACCAAGUGUUUUUUUUUGUUGUUUUUUUUUUUUUGCCUGGUUUCUUGUGGAAAUAUCUUAGAAAAGUUGACAUCCGGCAAAUAAACAUUACAAGUAACUUUUCAGCAAGACAUAGAAGCUUGUUUUAAGUCAAAAAUCCCUUAAUAUUGAUUUUUAAAAAGUACUAGUUCUUCUGGCAGAUUAUUUUACUUAUUACAUGGGAACGUGUCUUGUUACAGGUAGGGGAGGGAGAAACGCCCUUUUCUUCAUCCAUAUUAAAGAAUUCUUAAGUUAGGUCUGUGAUGCUGUGGGUCUGUUGUAAGUGAAAAGAUCUAUCUGUGGAACUAGCACUUUUUCAUCAAUAUUGACUUAAAACAAGCUUCUAAUUUCUUUCUGAGAAGUUACUUGUAAGGUUGCUUUGCCAUAUUUCAAGUUUUCUAGGCUAUCGCACUAGCAACUUGACAAAAAGUACUUGGUAAGACUUUGAUUCUUUUCCACUGCAUUUUGUAGGAAAGCCGUCUCUACCAGCUUUUGCCAUUUAGACACUGGAAGUUUUGCUCAUUAUUUGCAAAAGAGCUGGUCUGACAACGCCGUCAAACCCAACAGCAUCCACACUUAACAAAAGUCAGAGAUGGAAAUCAUCUGUGAACAGCAAUUUUCAGGUUUUGCCACAUAUACUUGAUUGGUUUUACGUCUGGACUUUGACUGGGCCAUGUUAAUACAUGAAAAUGUGAAACCAUUCAUGGUUUCUCUUUGUUAUUAAAAAGAAGAAGAAAAAAAGCUGGGUUGAACUGAAACAAGUUGUAUUUGAAGGAUUGUUGCAUCGCUGGAAGGUGAAGGCAUGAUGUGUCACCACCGUGUUUCAUGCAGUCUUUUUUUUUCGGGUUUUUUUUUUUUUUAUUUAUUUAUUUUUUUUACUUAUUUACCAAAACAUUCAGUCCUGCUUCAAUUUCUCUGACCAGAGCAGGAUUUGAUUUAGGGUUAAUCAAAGCAAAGUGGGGCUUGUAGUUGUAUGCUAAAAAAUUUUGCAAAAAAAAAUAAAAAAUAGUCAUUGUAGAUGAGUA